AUGCAGUACACAGUAAGCACAAUAAAAUUCACAAAUUCCACUUGUAUAGAGUGGAUAUUUCAGAUCGUUGUUGAAAUGUUUGUAAUCUUCACAUCUCAAUUAUAUAACAUCAUUAUUGCUCCAGAGGCAUCGAGCAGCUCUAUCUCGUUCUUAAGCACGGCAAGUAUAACAGUAGUACAGAGCAAUUCGGGUUAUAUCUUGGGUAUAUUAGAACAGAUGCUGUAUUUAUUGCUAAGUACUAUAUUGCUUAUGUCUGUGUAUGCAGCGCUUGUUUCAUUGGCACUGAUCCCAGUGAACAUUAUGUUUAUUAGCAAUCUUAUAAUAACACUAUACAUUAGAUUUGAUGCGUGGUCUAGCAGAUAUUUCGGGUUAUGGUAUAAAAUUAUGAAUGUAGCUUAUGCAUAUAUUCUAUAUUUGGCUGGGGUUCUAUUUUUAUAUCGAGUAAUAAACACCAGCGAAAUUAUUAUAUCCAGAUCAGUAUAUACAAAUGGGAUGCUCAUAAUGCCGGUUGUGUGCCUUAUGGCAAUUGCUGUUAUAUCCAAGUAUAUUACACAAAUAGUAUUAAAAACCAUGAAUAGUACGCUGUCAGGGUGCUAUGUCAAAGAAUAUCACAAUACGUUUAUUAGUUUGUUAUUUUCUUCUAUUACUUGCUCAUUUUUAGAGCUGCUUCAUCUUCUGAUUAUUAGAAAGAGUGCGUGCGGAUUCAUUGAGACUCUUUACUAUAUCUUUCUGGGUGGGUACAGUCUCUUCUUUUUCGGUGUGAUAGCAAUCACCCGCAUAUAUAAGAGAAAUGAUUAG